AUCUUGCUGGAUUUUGGCUCAUCGGCGACUUGUACAAUGGCGGGUUUGCUGCGAAUGAGUGCUUUACCACGGGUUUAUUCUAGACUUUCUUGCAGAAAAAUUCAAACUUCGGCUGCUCGUCAAUAUAAGCCGGUCCCAACAACUAGACCAGAGUACGUGUCUGAAUUAGAAGCUCUUCAAGCGAAGGAGAAAGGACCUUGGAGUGAGCUUUCAAAGCAGGAAAAAGUCGAUCGUAAGUUUUUAUACGUUAUUGAUUCCUGCGAUAGAUUAUAUUUAGGAUAGAUUUACGUACUUGAUGAAAAUUAAAUAAAAUAUAUUUAUAUACUUGGUGAAAAUUUUUUACUGAAAUGAAGUUACAGGAAUCAACCUUGAUUAUUCUUCAAUUUUUCCACCAUUUAGUAUACAGAUCCCAGUUUGCAAAGACUAUUCCAGAGUCUAAAAUACAAGAACCAUAUGCAAAGAAAGUGGUUGGCUUAGUAUCAGCAGGGCUUGCAGUAUCUGUGGUCUUCUUUGCAUUCCUCAGGAAGUAUAGUAAGUUACCUUGUUAGCCAGGAGGUACAACUAUAUUGUUAAGCUGAUAUCUGUUUUCUCAUGUAAGAAAAAUAGGAACAAAUGAGCAAGCACCUCUCGGUCAGGUGCAUGUUAAGUGAAAUGAUGCAUUAAUUUGAAUCCAUAUUUUUUUUCUGGGAGGGCGAUCAGCACUGCAUCUAUUUUGUGGAAAGGUGCAGUCUGCACUUGCCACUUUAAAAACAAGAAGAAGUGGGGCAAGUUAGCUUUCGCAAGGACUUCUGGUAGAUAUGUAAACGAUUAAUCGAAUUCUGUCAAUUAAUCCCAGUUAUGACCAUUUGGUUUGAUUCACAAUUCUCUGCUUCCAUGUUUUGAGUUUGGUUAGAUUUUUGCAUACCUUUUCCAGGGUGCCCUUGGUGUGAGUCCAUGAGUUAUUAUAUUGUAAAAUCAGAAUCCAUAACUCUUUGAAAACAAUUUUGAUUGACGAGCAAAGACGAUUGCAGUUCGUGCACCCUUUUUGUGUUUCCUGGUAAAAAUAUUGUCCUUCAACCACCCCCUGAGAAUUUCCAAAUAAGGCAAACCAUGUGGGAAAAGCUCUUUGUCAGGUUCUCAAAUGUGGAGACGAAUGACCAAGUGACUGUGAAUCCUCCUGUCCCUUUACUAUUCUCAAAUUGAGGGUUUAUGGUUGCAUGUUGUUUACAUUGCACAUUAUGUUAUAAGAGUUAAGAGACAUUUACAUAGUCAAAUCGAAAUAAUGGAAAUUGAAAGGCAAUAAUCAAAAUCAAAUCGAGUUGCAAGGAAUAUGAAUCGUCACACUCCUUACUUCUGAGAUUGUUACUGGGGAUGCUUUGGUCAGCUCUUGGCCAAUUUUUUUCCAAGUCCUUAGUAACAGUCGAAGAAGUCUUUGCAAAAGUUAACUCAGCUCAGUUUCCUUCUUAUUUAUUCAGUGGCAAAUUGAUCUCAGUCAAAGGUUAACCCCAUUAAACCUCCUCAUUAUGGUCACCUCCUCAACACAACCACCAUAAUAUACGACGACCAUAAAAUUUUCUCCUGGACACCAGUCCAUACAUAUAUAUUUUACUUUAAGUUGCAAUGGCAACAGGCAUCCUUGGAUUACCCUGAACAAGAAAGUGCACUUGCAAUAAAUUCCAUGCGAUUGCCACAUGGCUAUGGUAAAGAUGUGUUAUUUCCUCAAGGCAGUCCAACUCGCAUGAGAAUGUUGAAAAAGAGAGGCUGGAGUUAAACCUAUCAUAAUGGAUAUUUUUGAUUGACAAACAUCAACUGGAAUUGUGGCUUUUUCCCUUUAAAAUUCCUUGACAUGACCACAUUUGUAUUGCUAAGUGGCUUUACUCUCAUUUAGAUGAUUUGCCCAAAAAUGCAAAAGUCCUCUUCUGGUUGCAAUCUGCAGACAGUUGCUCAACAAGCGCCUUUGUCUAAGCUCUCUGAUAAUAAUAGUGGUGCAAAUAUUGGUAUUCAGAUCUACACAGCAGACAUUAAAGAUCUUAUCUUUGCCUUGAACAUCUCUCUGAGGCAGACAUCUCUCUAAGACAGACACUUGUUGCUGGUCCCAAAGGUGUCCAUCUAAGAAAGAGUUGUCUGUACUUCCAAGAAAUAGUGAGAUCUUCGCUGUUGCUUAUGGUUCUAACAUUUUAUUGUCAAGUUUUAUCAGNGUUCUCAAAUGUGGAGACGAAUGACCAAGUGACUGUGAAUCCUCCUGUCCCUUUACUAUUCUCAAAUUGAGGGUUUAUGGUUGCAUGUUGUUUACAUUGCACAUUAUGUUAUAAGAGUUAAGAGACAUUUACAUAGUCAAAUCGAAAUAAUCGAAAUUGAAAGGCAAUAAUCAAAAUCAAAUCGAGUUGCAAGGAAUAUGAAUCGUCACACUCCUAACUUCUGAGAUUGUUACUGGGGAUGCUUUGGUCAGCUCUUGGCCAAUUUUUUUCCACGUCCUUGGUAACAGUCCAAGAAGUCUUUGCAAAAGUUAACUCAGCUCGGUUUCCUUCUUAUUUAUUCAGUGGCAAAUUGAUCUCAGUCAAAGGUUAACCCCAUUAAACCUCCUCAUUAUGGUCACCUCCUCAACACAACCACCAUAAUAUACCACGACCAUAAAAUUUUCUCCUGGACACCAGUCCAUACAUAUAUAUUUUACUUUAAGUUGCAAUGGCAACAGGCAUCCUUGGAUUACCCUGAACAAGAAAGUGCACUUGCAAUAAAUUCCAUGCGAUUGCCACAUGGCUAUGGUAAAGAUGUGUUAUUUCCUCAAGGCAGUCCAACUCGCAUGAGAAUGUUGAAAAAGAGAGGCUGGAGUUAAACCUAUCAUAAUGGAUAUUUUUGAUUGACAAACAUCAACUGGAAUUGUGGCUUUUUCCCUUUAAAAUUCCUUGACAUGACCACAUUUGUAUUGCUAAGUGGCUUUACUCUCAUUUAGAUGAUUUGCCCAAAAAUGCAAAAGUCCUCUUCUGGUUGCAAUCUGCAGACAGUUGCUCAACAAGCGCCUUUGUCUAAGCUCUCUGAUAAUAAUAGUGGUGCAAAUAUUGGUAUUCAGAUCUACACAGCAGACAUUAAAGAUCUUAUCUUUGCCUUGAACAUCUCUCUGAGGCAGACAUCUCUCUAAGACAGACACUUGUUGCUGGUCCCAAAGGUGUCCAUCUAAGAAAGAGUUGUCUGUACUUCCAAGAAAUAGUGAGAUCUUCGCUGUUGCUUAUUGUUCUAACAUUUUAUUGUCAAGUUUUAUCAGAACACUGUUGAAACAAAUUAAUACUUUUUUCUUUUCUUUAUCAGUUGGUCCAGAAAAGCCUCGCACACUCACACCUGAGUGGCAAGCAGAUUCUAUCAAGAAAGCAAAGCGACUGAAGUCAAAUCCAAUCUCUGGAAUUGCUUCUGAACCAUAA